GAGGAAUUUCAUCGUUGACAUUUACAGUUAUAAAUGUUUAACGUGAUAAUUAAACGAGGAAUACAGGAUAACAGUCACGCAGCGCAGGAUGUUGAGGCUGUGGCUAAAAGGAAACAAAACUAAUGUAGAUUUUUGAAUGUAAUUUUUGACCUAUUUGUGUUUUAUUAAUAUCUACACCAACCCAAAACACACCCCUUAAAACAAUGUACAAACGGUCAUUGUUGUUGUACAGUGUGAGAAAAUGUACGUCGUAUCGAUAACCGGAUGUUUACAUCUGCGGUGCGCGUCAGUGAAAUGUGUCCGUCUGCGCGCUCGAGCGUGAGUUCCGCGCGUCAUGGCCGCCGUGAGCUGCACGAGGAUGCUGUCUCCGGGAUCCGUUCACGGACUGCGGCUCGGAGCGAGGCUUCUUCCCGCGCUGAGCCGAGCGUCUCCGGCGCGGGGCUACAGACUCGGUCCCACCGACGACGAGCUCUAUCAGAAGACCACCGUGACCCUGCUGCAGAAGAGCGCCUCCACGCGUGCCAUCAUCUACAGCUACAGCCCGCGGGGCUUCAACAUCAGCGGGAACACGGUGCUCGGACCCUGCGCUGUGCUGCCCCCGGCGCUCCUGCAGUGGAACGUGGGCUGUCACACUGAAAUCUCGGUGGAGAGUCUGUCUCUGUUUUAUCUUCUGGAGCCUCGUAUCGAGGUUCUGGUUCUGGGAACCGGGGCUCGCUCCGAGCGUUUGGAUCGAAGUGUGCUGCACUUCCUGAAGCAGAAGGGCAUCUCACUGGAGGUCCAGGACACGCCCAAUGCCUGCGCCACCUUCAACUUCCUGUCCAGCGAGGGACGGCUCGCAGCGGCCGGACUCAUCCCGCCUCCAGCCGCCCAGUAACAGCAGAGGAUUCUGGGAAAACACGCUAUCAGUGUGUCACAUGACCUGUGAAUGGAAUGUGUGUGUGUGUGUGUGUGUGUGUGUGUGUAGAGUGAAUAAACACAGAUGAGAGGAUUAACGUGUGUGUGUGUGUGUGUGUGUCCCAGAUGGAGGCAGUUAAUCUGUCCUCUGAUAACGGGUUAAUCUGAGCUCAUGUGUGAUCAGACACACACUCCUCUUGUGUCUUUAUUAGCUCCACACACACACUCGUGUCAGCUAGCACACAAACACAACUCCAGACUAACCGUCUGACUUUCUCUCAGAAGCAAACGCAGACAUGGGCCAUGAUCAGAACAUUUUCCAUACACAGUCCAUCAUUUAAAUCAGAUUCUAGUCGGACACAAAUAAUCAGAUCUGAACGUAGCUAGAACGUCUGUGUCAAGUGUGUGGAAGGUGCUGGAAAACACAGAAAUGUGUGUUUUAAUGAGAUCCACUGCAGUCUUUGAGAGGUCAUGACAUGGAUUUUUAAAAAGAUUUGUUAUGAAUUUCUUUAGGUGUAUUUAUAAUGCUAAUAAUGUUUUUUCUAAAAAAGGUUCAGAACACAACGGUUAUUUCCAGGAGAAACAUUAUUAAAUAAUCGACUUAUGGUUUGUGAUCCAGAUCUAGUUCUGCUUCAUCUUUCAACAAACGAUUCUUCGUGACUCUGGAGCUUGAUUUAAUAAAUGCUAAGUUAAUAAUUCAGCAGGAGGUUUUAAGCUAUAUAUUUUAAUCCUUAAAGACCUCUCGAGACUAAAGAUAAAAAAAAAAACACUGAUUUCUCAUGUCAUGUCCUUUAAAGAGACAAUUCGGCCAGAAAUCUUCAUCCUGUCAUUCUUCACUCGUUUAAAACACCAAAGAUGUUCAGAAGAACACUAUGACUCAAACAACACUGUAAACAUAUAUUUAAUAUUGUUUAAAGUGCUACAGAAAUAAAGCUGUUGAGACGUUUA